AUGGAUGCCUACACCAUACACCAUAACAAGAAAGGCUCUAUCGUCCUCAUCGCCAACAAUGGGAUUCGCCCUUUCACCGGCACCUCUGAGGCAGUCUUCAACGGCUCCUCCGCGGCAAUCCCGCUCGUCAACUCGAGCUCAAGCAGGGGCACCACCGGUGGUCGUUCCGUCUCGUACUUGCCUUCUACAAACAACACUUCCUCGACUUACCCCGUGGGGGGCAACCUAGGCCGGGGCUUUGAGAACGCCGCCUGUUAUCCCGAGUUGUGCAACUACAAGAACUAUGGAGAGCAAGCCCCGGCAUCGCGAACUUGGUCGGCGGCUUCGUCAAUCUCGCGCCUCUCUGCUGCUACUCUUCCGUUUGUGCCGGCUAGGUCUGCAACACCACAACCUGCUCUCUCGGCUUCACAUGGCUUGUUUGUCCCCGAUCCCGCCGUCUCUGGCUACAGCCCAGUUGACUAUGUUGCUGGUGCCGCCUAUACUGCUGGUGCCUAUGCUGCUAGUGUCUACGCUGCUAGCUCCUAUCCUGCUGGUUCCUUUGCUAUAGGUGCCUAUCCUGCUGGCUCUUAUGCUGUUGAUGCUUAUCCUGCUGGUGCCCAUCCUGCUGGUGCCCAGCUCAACAUUGCUGACCUCUGCCAUACUAUUGCUAAUCGUAAUACUUCCCAAUGCCCGCCGCAACGUACUCAUAUAAAGUUUCGUCAGCGUAUGAAAAAAAGUGAUGACUUUGAUCCUCAAGCUCACGAUCAUGAUUUCUUCGGCUUUCUUUAUGGACAGGGACAGGAAUAUUCGCACAAAAAUGGAAAAGGAGGCUUGGAAAAUGGUGAAUGCCAAGGCGUCAAGAUUCCCAGUGCCCCGAGGGCUAUGCGUGACGGUACUCCUGAUCACCACCUCACUGGCCCUGAAGCCGUUGGCUCGGGCGCUUUCGACAAUCAACGACCCGGUCAUCAACAACCCGUUCAACCCCCUUCUUCCGUUCAGCCCAGCACGAUGCAUCCUGCUUCACAUUUCUUCGCUCGCAAAGAUGAAACCCAGAAGGAUAUCAUCAUCUCAUCUUCGGGUGUGAUCUGCAAUUCUGUCCGCGUUGUCGAGCAACAAGUUCCGGGUGGUCCUCUCAGACAGAUCAUCCAAGAUGUCUUCAACCCCAGUGUCUAUGACUUUGUCACCGAAUUCAAGAAUUUGAACUCAAAGAUCAAGGAAAAUCUGUUGGGGAAGAACUGCAUCGAUAUUCAAGUGCACCUGAAUGACCCCGAGGAAGAUGCUCUUAGGGACGAGAAACUCUUUGCUGCGAAGGGUGCCGGGAAGAAGAAGGCAGAGACCAAGGGCGAUGGUCAAGAAAAGGCCGUUUCUUCUGAUCUUUUUGGUGUUCAGCCGUUGAUCGAAGCUAUGGAGCAGGAUAUUCCGGAGAAGGUCACUGUUCUUGAUGUCUUGCAAUCGCUCGGAAGCGGUUUCGUUGAAAACGUCAAGAAACUGACGAUUACUCUCAUCUUCCCAAAUUCAACCGACCCAUUCACCGGCCCUGCCUCUUCCAUUAUCGGUCCAAUUCCGCCCGUCGCCUCCUCCAGGACUCUCGGUGGUGUCCCACAAAACACGCCCAACUUCCGCUACUUGACCAAGGUGGUCGAUUACUUGCACAACAUGAGCAGCCUGACCCUUGUCUCCAUCAACCUCCGCGUCUCAGGCCGGAGCAGAAUGCCGCUGAGCUUGCUCCAACUCUACCACGUCCUCCCGUUCUACGACCUCGGCUUUACCAACUGGGACAUCAAGUACCAGCCCAGCAGCUUGAGCGUCCCGCUGAACGUCCACGGCUGGGCCAUCAUCCAGCUGGAUCGCGAGCGGGAUCGGAUUAUCGCCGAGCGCUUCCGUAGGGCUCGGGAGGCCGUGUCUGCUCGUAAGGGUGCUAGGUCCGCAGGUCGCCCCAGCAACAUGGCUGCUGCCGCUGGUAACUCAGACGGUCUUUCUGGCAUGCUUGCUGCCGGCAACUUGGUUCGCAAUCCCAACGUGGCUAUCCUGGGAGAUCCAAUUCUUGAUCCCAACACGGCUGUCUCAAAAAACCCAUUUUGCGAUCCCGAUGUGUCAUCUGCCAGAAGCUCUAUCCGUGAUCCCAGCAUGGCUCCCGCAGACACCUUCUGUCGCCCACUCGCUCCCCGAGUAAGAAAUAGUUAA